AUGGCUAGUUCAAAGCUUGUAAUUCUGUCAUGUUUGUUUCUCUCAAUAUGUACUAUCGCCUUUAUCCCUGCAAAUGCAGCGGGACUGAAAGUAGGGUUUUACAUAGAGACAUGUCCAAAAGCCGAGUUCAUUGUCAAGAAGGUAGUUAAUGAGGUCAUGGCCAAGGCCCCUUCGCUAGGCGGCCCUCUCUUGAGGAUUCAUUUCCACGAUUGUUUUGUUAGAGGAUGUGAUGCGUCAGUAUUGUUGGAUUCCCCAACAAAGCAAGCUGAAAAGGAUGCCGUUCCAAAUUUAAGACUCAGAGGAUUCCAAAUCAUUGAUAAAGUCAAAGCAGCCUUGGAAAAGGAGUGUCCCGGCAUUGUAUCGUGCGCUGAUAUUGUUGCUUUAGUAGCUAGAGACGUCGUUGUUGCUUCAAGAGGACCAUCUUGGGACGUGGAAACAGGAAGGAGAGAUGGAAAGGUUUCCAGGUCUUUGGAGGCCUUGCAAAACCUACCGCCACCUUUCUUCAACAUUACUCAAUUGAUUACUUCUUUUACAGGAAAGGGUCUUAGCGUCAAGGAUCUUGUUGUUCUAUCAGGAGGGCAUACGAUUGGGAUCGCAUUUUGCCCAUCAUUCAGCAAUCGUCUUUACAACUUCACUGGAAAAGGAGACAGUGACCCCACAAUGGAUCCAAAUUACAUAGCAAAGUUAAAGGACAAAUGUAAGCCAGGAGACCAGAAGACAUUUGUAGAGAUGGACCCAGGCAGCUUUAAGACCUUUGACGAUCAUUACUACAGUCUUGUCAUCAAAAGAAGAGGUCUCCUUGAGUCUGAUGCAGCUCUACUUAACAACAAGGAGACUAGAGAUUAUGUCAAGCUUCAAGCCACCAGCCAUGGCUCCACUUUCUUCAAGGACUUUGGUGUGUCCAUGGUAAAGAUGGGAAGGAUUGGGGUGAUCACAGGCAAGGCUGGUGAGAUCAGAAAAGUUUGCAGUAAGGUUAAUUAA